AUGUCCAACUCCUUCUUUGAAAGAGCCAACCCGCCGCCGCGGCGGAAGACAUGUCUCGCCUGCAUCAAAGCCAAGCGCCGCUGUGACCACGGCCAGCCAGCCUGUCUUCGGUGCUCGCGACGGAAGAUCGACUGCGUGUAUACCAGUAUAUCACCAAUGUCCAGAUCGAAGAAGAAGCAGACUGCCGUCUCCCAGCUCGUGGAGACGCUUCCUACGCAGGAAGACCCUGAAAGCCCAACCGAGACCCCGGCUUCCGUCGCUGAACAGACGCCAUGCCCCGGCAACUCUCUUAUAUCCUGGCCGAUAGAUGCGGAUCCUCUCCCACUGGAAAUGGAAGUGGGGGAUUUGGGCGACAUGAACUUGGACAUGGGCUUCGACGACUUGUGGACACCUGAGACUCUUCUCAACGACUCCCUCCCACUGUCGUCUCUGACCCCGAGGCCAGAGCAGAUGCUGGUUCCAUCCCGAGAUCCAUCCCAGGAUUUGCCGCCGGAAGGAUCGUUGGAGAUGAUAGCCAGCCGCCUGCAGUACGCCCUCGAUGAGAUCAAGAAGGUCCCGGCUUCCAUUGUCCUGGAGAAUCAGACUCCUUGGUCUCACCCAUAUUUAUUUCGGGCUCACAUGCCAAGAGACAUGCAAGACGCCCAAGCCUGCUGUGCUCUGUACAUCGCCAAAAACCCCACCAACGCCCCCUUCGUCCUGCGGACUAUCCAGGCCAGAGCUCACGAGAUGCUCUCGACGCCCAUUCCCAAAGGUCGUCUCGACGUGAUCGCCCGUCUCCAAGCUACGCUACUCUACCAGAUCAUCAGCCUUUUCGACGGCGACAUCUCUAUGCGCGCCUCUUCCCAGCAAGCGCUGCCCGCCCUCGAACAUGCCAUGCACACCCUCCUACCGUUUGUGAGGUGGGAAAGCGCCCAGCAAGAGAGCGGCCAAAUGGACUGUCCCACGAAGGAGACCUGGAAUGAAUGGAUCUUCCAGGAAUCGGCCCGCCGGACCCUGUUCUUCACCAACUUCUUCAUCAUCGCGUACAAGGUACUCGUUGGUCGGUCCAUUGGCCGCUGCGAGGAUCGGUACGACUUUUGUCAGUCGUGGACUCUUUCGGCGCACUUGUGGAAGGCGUCUACCGUCGUCGACUUCGCCGUGGCCUGGAGGGAGAGGCGGCACUUCGUCGUCACCAAUGAAGGCUUCGGCGAGGUUCUGAGGGACGCUGCGGCCGACGACGUUGAAACGUUUGGGAGGAUGUUGAUAGUGGCAGGGCUUGGCAUUGAAGAGACGAGGCUUUGGUUCUACAACAGAGGUGGCUCAUUAUGA